AUGCCUCACCCGGCGGGUUUGCCCUGUCUUCUUUGCGGCAAGAGCGCCUCCGCUUGUUGCUGCAAGGUGGCGCACGGGGCGUGCACCUGCUGUGGGCACGUGUGCAAAGACCUCCUGACUUGUUGCCUCAUGUGUUGUACGCCGACCUGCCCAUCGGGCGGUGGGAGUGGCAAUGGAGGGCACCGGUCCUCGUCCGGCGCAGCACCCGGCGCUGGAACAACGACAUCAAUUGCUGGGAAUGGUGCAGCACCCCCCAGGUCCGCGCAACAGGAACCUGGAGCGGCUUCGCGUUUCCCCGGAAACAAGGCUGCCACUCCGCUUACUCCGGGAGGUGUGAUUUUCUAUCCUCCGAAAACGCAACUGCAAAAAACUGCGCACGAGAUUAUGGUGGACGAGCAGCUGCGGGAGAAGCACAUCGAGGACACAGUGGAGCGCGGGCUGCAGAUGUUUCGUCAGUACCACGAGUCUGAAACGGAAUUCCGCGUCACCCCGGGCGAAAACCGCUACUACACCGGCUACUUCCCGCAGGCCGACCUCCAGGCACACGUGCAGCAGCACUGUGCGGGAAGUAGUCCCGAGGAUGAAGGGCAAGAGGACGAGUGCGUGAAACAAGUGCCGUCACCGACGCGGGAGCGGAAUAAAAGUCCGAAGAAGGAUUGAGGUUGAGCGGGGAAGAACAAAAGAUGCGGGGACGAGUGAGGUGCUUUAAUGAAGUUGGAAUUAUUGCGGGUAAAAAGUCGCUGACUUUCUAAGUAGAGGAAUGUUAUGUAUGAUCACCAGCAAAAGCAAUUAGUUGAACGCUAUCGGUUUUUGUAAAUUACUAACACAAACAAGUCAAAGUAAGAUGUAGCUCCAAGAUUACGACUUUAUUUCUGAAUUUCAAGGACAUGCUCCUGAUUGAUGUCCACUUCCUUUUACUAUUACUGUAUAAUUUUCGAUUUCGAAGACGCGUACCUAGUAUCCCGUUGGUAUGAAGGAAUUGCAAAACACCUGCCUGUUUACAAAAAUCAAGUCGCUAGUAGACGGCUAAAGCUGAAUUCAGUAAAUUGAAUCUGAAUGUACAUGAAAAUCCAAAAGAUUGACUUGCCACCUUUCUUCACACGGC